GGGAACGCGGAGGCUCCUGUGCGCGGCGGUGGAACUUGGCCCGGGUCUGCGAGCCGGAUACUUGUGGCUGCAGAGAAAAACCUCACUGUAGGCUUGGGCCUUAGACAGCCCUUAAACAAUCCGCCGGAAGUUGUAGCUGGCGUUAGGUAGCAUCCACCUGAUGCUAGGGAAAGGUGGGGCGCCGCUUUGCUUGGUGUCAGGAGGCGUCCGGUGACGGACGAACAGUUCUGUGGAAUUUCGCUUCACGGAGUGACCUUGAGUUCAGGGUGACCCUCAGCUUGUAUUGUUCCUGGUUGCAGCAUGAAAAUCUAAAGGCAGAAGUUUUGGGGAGAAAAUCCAGAAGUUGCAUUAAAGGAAUUUAUAGAAGAUUAUUUCAAAGGCCUCAAAAACACUUCAUUUUUCAUAAUUGGAGAUUUGCCCAGCAGUUAGGAAACAUUUGUUAAAGUUGGUGAAGAUUAACUGUGAUGACUAUCUGAGCAAUGGAGAAAUCCCAGCAAGCCCACACAGUGCAGUGACUGCUCCCUGAACCUUGGCAGAUACAAAUACUUCUCUUGAAGAAAGAAGGAAAAGGCAGAUUCUCCAGUGUCUGUUGUGCAGUCCCAAUGAUCAUUUUGAGGUUGGGAACUGGCUUUAGUUCUUCACUGCUUCUGAGUACUUUGGACCUUUGUUUCCUGGUGUGGCUAUCCGAAGUAACAGGAGUUAAAGACAGGCCAAGGAAGAUAAACAAGAGAAGCCAUAAGAGAAGAAGUAUCAUGGCGUGUCCUGCUGCCUUGAUUCCUGGGUUGUUGAGUGGCUCAGUUGGAGCCAUCUGUUCUCAGGCCCCUUUGCUGAGACUGACACCCCGCACUUUGUGCCAUCUUACUUUAGCCAGCAUAAUGAAAUCCGUCAGGAAAACUGAUCACUUGGAGAGAACUGCGAGUGUCGUUCGCCGGGAGAUUGUGUCGGCAGCUAAGGUGUGUGGGGCUGCCAGUGAGUCACCAUCAGUAAAGAGCCUCCGCUUGCUUGUUGCUGAUCGAGAUUUUUCCUUUAAAGCUGGCCAGUGGAUUGAUUUCUUUAUCCCAGGAGUCUCUGUGGUUGGUGGAUUUUCAAUAUGCUCCAGCCCAAGACUGCUAGAACAAGAGAGAAUGAUAGAGUUGGCAGUGAAAUAUACAAAUCACCCUCCUGCCCUCUGGAUUCACAAUAAGCAUUUGUUUCGGUGCUUGUCUUCCCCCGCUGAUGUAACAACCUUCCCAUCAUUUGCCUUGAAUAAUUCAUGGGUCACCGAGGAGGCUGUCCAUGGCUACAGACCUGCCCCAGCUUGUGCUUUAGGACCUGCAGUAACUCUGUCUUGUCCUGCAGGCCCUGGAUUUUGUUUUUUGGUGACAGAGAAGGAAGAAGAAGGCACUGUCAGCCUUUCUUCCAUGACAGCCACAGUGACUAAGAUAUCAUCUUGUAUAGAGCCUGAUACCAGCAGGGAGUUUUCUUCCACUUGUACACUUGACUCUGAAGUGGCUGUAAGAGUGGGUGGAGAGUUCUUCUUUGACCCUCAGCCUGCAGAUGCUUCUAGAAACCUAGUGUUGAUUGCAGGAGGAGUUGGAAUUAACCCCCUGCUUUCCAUCCUGCGGCACUCGGCAGAUCUCCACAGAGAGCAGGCAAACAAAGGAAGUGGAUAUAAGAUAGGAACAAUAAAACUAUUCUACAGCGCGAAAAAUACAAGUGAACUCCUCUUUAAGAAAAAUAUCCUCGAUUUAGUAAAUGAAUUUCCUGAGAAGAUUACAUGCAGUUUACAUGUUACAAAACAGACUACACAAAUCAGCGCAGAACUCAAGCCUUAUAUCACAGAAGGAAGAAUAACGGAGAAGGAGAUAAGAGAUCAUAUUUCAAAAGAGACUUUGUUCUAUAUUUGUGGCCCACCUCCAAUGACAGACUUUUUCUCCAAGCAACUGGAAAAUAGCCAUGUUCCCAAAGAACACAUUUGCUUUGAGAAGUGGUGGUAGAAGCAAGCAAAGGCAAAAGAGAGAAGGAGAUGGUGAGAUCUGCUCAGGAUAAAAGAGAGAGAUGUCAUGUGCCAAGAUGAAUUGAUCUCUUUCUUAAGACUGUGAACUAAGUGACCAGCUGAAGAAUGAAAGAAAAGCCAGCUGACAGACUUAAGUGGUAAACUUUUUGUAGAGACCUGAUUGAUCAAACUUUUUUUACUAUAUUGAUUUUCUUUAUUAAUAACUAUUUAAUUAUCUCAUCAUGUAUUAAGAAUUGGUCAAUAUAGAUUUUGUUUUGCCCUUAAGCAAUUAAACGGUCUAUGCUUAAGAUUUAACAAUAGGAAAAUGUGGUUUUGUGUGUGAAGUGUGGGCUAGCUUUAAACUAUUUGAUAGCUAUCUACGUGUCAUACAUUCAAUAAACUUAUAAUUUAAAUACA